AUGGUUGACGCCAUCCGGUCUAAGCAAGCGCCGUGGCUAACAUCAUUGCGUCUUGCUUUUUCUUCGAAACAGAACCUCUACGAGCUUCUCGGUAACGACCCCGAGCUCGACCCCUCCAGACCUGCUCCCCCUCCCGCCCGGGCUGUCGACCGUCCCGCUGCCCGCGUUGGCAAGCGUGAUGCUCCCAAGGAGGCUCCUACCGAUGCCGCCCCCCGCACCGAGAACAACAACCGCCGUGGUGGCCGUGUGACCGCUGGCAACGACGCUGCCUACCGCGACCGCAACGCUGGUCGCACCAACAACCGCUCCAAGCCCACUGAGGAGGCCGAGGGACAGACCUCGCGCCCCCGUGGCAACCGUCCCCCCCGUGGAGACCGCCAGUCCCGCACUGGUCAGACCGACACUCGCAAGCAGGUCCAGCAGGGCUGGGGCGGCGAGUCCGGUGAGAAGACCUGGGACGACGAGCGUGUUGGCGAGACCAUCGCCAAGGAGGACGACAAGGAGCCCCAGACUCCCGCUGAGGAGACCGAGGAGGCCGACAAGUCCAAGUCUUACGACGACUACCUCGCCGAGAAGGCCGCCCGUGACAGCCUUGCUGCUAAGCCCGUCCGCUCCGCCAACGAGGGUGCCAAGACCGACAAGAAGUGGGCCGCUGCUACCGAGCUGAAGCGCGUUGAGGGUGAGGCUUUCAUUGCCCCCACCUCCGAGAAGAAGCAGCGUGAGAAGCAGCGCAAGGAGAAGAACUUCCUUGACGUUGACAUGCGCUUCGUUGAGCAGCCCCGCUCCGGCCCCGCCGACCGUGCCCCCCGUGGUGGCCGUGGUGGUGACCGCGCCCCCCGUGGUGACCGUGCCGAGCGCGCUCCCCGUGGCGACCGUGCCCCCCGUGGUGACCGCCCCGCUCGCGGUGGUCCCCGUGGUGGUGCUCCCCGUGGUGGCCCCUCUGGUGCCCCCCGCGGUGCCGCUGCUGCUCCCCGUGGCGGCCGUGCUGCCGCCGCCGGUCCUACCGUCGACGAGAAGAACUUCCCCAGCCUGGGCGGCAACUAA